AUGGGUCUUACUAAAGCCGCCAUCAUCGUUAUCGUCCUGGCCGGCUGUUUAGCCAUAACUGCCAUGGGCGCUGCUCUCUUCCGCCGCCACAACCCGCUUGAGGAAACUGCACGAGCCCACGAGGCAUCUCACGAACAAAACACAUACAUGCGCCAAGUACGCAUGGUGAAUUAUGGACAUCUGAAGCGGGAAUCGCUGGGGCACGCGAAAGACCUGGAGUCGCGAUAUACCCCGGAGGAAGCAUCGGGUUAUUACCAGCCAUACGCGAACGAGUCACGGAGCCCGUCCACGAACGUUGCAUAA